AUGGAGAAGGGAAUCGGUGUUGAAUUAGCAGCUACAAGAUCUUCUAUUGACAUGAGAAAUUCAGAUGAUGAUGAGGAUUUAGAAUGCAAAGAUUCAUUCCUGAGGAUUGUGGAGACUUUCCUGCGGUUGUUCACUAUUGGUUUGUGUGUGGCAGCUCUUGUUAUUAUGCUCAAGAAUUCUGAGGAAAAUGAGUAUGGUUCUGUUGCUUAUUCUGAUCUUGGUGCUUUCAGGUAUUUGGUGCAUGCUAAUGGCAUUUGUGCAGGAUAUUCACUAUUCUCAGCUGUCAUUGUUGCUAUGGCCCGUCCUUCAACCAUGCCUAGAGCUUGGGCUUUCUUUUUGCUAGACCAGGUAUUAACCUACAUAAUCCUGGCUGCGGGAGCUGUACUAUCAGAGGUUCUAUACCUUACUGAAAAGGGACUCCCUACAGCAGCAUGGAGUUCAGUUUGUGGAUCAUUUGGUUCAUUUUGUCACAAGACCAAAGCAUCAUUAGCUAUCACAUUUGUUGCCGUGAUUUGCUAUAUUUUGCUUUCACUUAUUUCCUCUUAUAGACUAUUUAGCAAAUAUGAUGCACCGUCAUCACAGGUCAACAGCUCCAACAAGGACAUUGCUUCUUUCAAUGGUUGA